AUGGCAGGGGUGGACCCAGUCGGUCGUCUCGCCGCCGAUCAGAAGCUCCACGCCCGCCUCGUCGGCUCGUCGCCCCCUCCGAUUCUCUCCAACUUCCUCGGCUCUAAGCUGAUCUCCCUCUACUCCAGGACCGCACGCCUCGACGACGCCCGCAGGGUGUUCGACGCCAUCCCCCAUCCUAACAUCUUCGACUGGAACGCCAUCCUCAUCUUGCUCUCCCUCCACUCGCCCGAACUCUCUGCGGCAAUUCGUCUUUUCGCUGGCUCCGGCGUCCCCGACGAAGUCACCGUCUCCGCACUCCUCAAGUCCCUUGUCGCAUCCGGAUCGGGCCUGUCCCCGCUCGUCACAGGGGAGCUCCACGCCCUCGCGCUCCUGCGCGGAUUCGGCACAUACCUUUUCGUCUCAAAUGGACUCGUCAGUGAGUACGGGAACGGGGGAGUGGGGGACAUAUGCCCUGCUCGCGCGGUGUUUGAUGAAAUGCCACGCAGGGACGCCUUGUCCUGGAAUUCGCUUAUAUCGGCUUUUUCCCGUGGAGGGUGGUACAGAAGGCGAGAAUGCCGGGAGUUGUUCGAUGAAUUGGUGCGGGCUCGUGCCAUUAGUAGUGUUUGCCAAACAUUAUCACUGACAAGCGUGCUACAUGCUUGUGCCCAGCUCAGGGGUGUUGAUUUUGCCCGGAUUGCCGCUGAGAGCGGUCUUCACUUCUACGUCGAGACGCGGAACUUAGUGACCGGGUUUUACGCCAAAUGUGGGCGGUUGCAGUAUGCACGAAGAAAUACAGUCAGUUACAGUGCCAUGAUUACUGGUUGCAUGAACAAUGCGCAUGUGGAUGAGGGAACUAGUCUUUUCCCAAGGCACCAAGCGGAUGCUAAAGUCAUCAACUUAUGGAAUGCAUUGAUUCCUGGUUAAAAUGGAUUCUAGUCUGAUGUUCUUGGAUUACUGCCCAAUGCAGCUAAGAUUGCAAUUAUCAUCCCUUCAGUUACAUUGUUCUCAACUUUACUUGGAGCAAAGCAAGCUCAUGGUUGUGAUCAGAGCAACAAUGCUGUGAGUGCAUUGAUCGAUGCUUACGCAAAGUCUGGAUUUCUUGGUAUGGCCAAGAAGGUGUUUGAAUCGAAUGAGAAUAGAAGCACAAUUGUUUGGGCAUCAAUCAUAGCGGCAGCCGUGACUCAUGGAGACAUUGUGGAAGCAUUGGGCCUUUUCAGCCAGAUGGUCAGUGCUGGCACUGGGCCGGAUACUGUAACUUUCAACGUUGCGCUCACUGCAUGUGCUCAGGCGAGUAAGGUAGCUGAAGCUCGUGAAGUUUUCGACUCCAUGCAAAUUGUGUUUGGUAUCAGUCCAGUGAUGGAGCAGUAUGCUUGCAUAGUUUCUGUGCUCAGCCGUGCUGGUAUGCUUAAGGAUCCCCUUGAGCUUGUAAACAAGAUGCCUUUUGAGCUAAAUGCAAAGGUCUGGGGUUCAUUGCGUAAUGGAACAGCAGCAGUUGGUGAUGUUGAGCUUGGUCGGUUUGCAUUUGAUCGACAAUUUAUGAUUGAGCCUAAGAACACCGGUAACUACAUUGUGAAUAAUCUGUACUCAAAUGCUGGCAAAUGGGAAGAAGAUGAAAUCAUAAGGAGUAUGCUCUGUGGAGUUGGAUUGGAGAAGGUUACUGGGUGUAGUUUGGAAUUGAGCGGGUCAAUAGUUCGCAAGGUUUUCUUGUUGUGGAUACAUUGUUAACAAAGCAGGCAGCAGAAACUUAAUUUAGAGCUGGCAGCUUAAUCAGGUCAAAUUAUUGAAUAGAGCCUGACCUCAACCUAACAGUAGGAUGAAGACAAGUUAUAUUGAUGACAUCCAAAUGGUUCUAAUAGUUGAGAUGUGAUUAUCAAGCCUGAUAGCAUACUGGCCUUCUGGAGUUGUCUGGACCAUGGUAUUCGGCACCUGGUCGUGCGGUUGAUCAUAUGAUUUGAUUAAGCAACAAAUUCUGGGACGAUAAAUUAGCACGAGCUUAGGAAUCACGAGCAUUGCUUCCAUGGUAUUCUUAUCUGAACCUUUUGUACUAUAUCUGACCUUACUCUUGUUAUCUUUAUUUUCCUUUUCAACGACAAUGGGGACCAAAGCAACGUAUUAUUUCUUAUCAUA